AUGAGAAAUUCUCACGCCGUGUUAUGCAUAGCAUCACUUGUUUCAUUCCAAGGCACCUUCGCACAUCCACUCUCCUCUAUUGGAAAUAUGGGUAUUUUGAAUAAUUGCGAGACUGCGGUCUACUUGAUGGUCACAAGAGAGUGGGACUUCCCGGUCAGGAUCCUGGAUCCUGGAGAGUUGUAUCAGGAGAGGUACCAGUUUUCCACACAGGGCGGGACUUCCAUGAAAUUGGCAAAUAGCACUGACGACCUACAAAACGGUAAAAAUCAAGUACAGCUGGAGUAUACCUGCACGGACCGGUGCUAUGUGGACAUGUCACUGAUCAACAACGACGCUAAGUUUCCGGGACAUAAUACUACACUAUCUCUCAGACCUAGCAAUUCAAGUUGUGAUACACUAACCUGCAUUGCAGGUGAUACCACCUGCCGAGACGCAUACUUCAUACCAACGGAUGACCACGCCGUUCGCGCCUGCUCUCUGGAAGCGAGCUGGAUCUUGACAUUGUGCGCGAAGCCAUUGACGCGAUGA